GGGGGAGUCUGGGCGCCAGAGGGAAAGGAGGGCAGGAGCCGCCCAGCCCGGCGGUCCUGGAUUUAAAGGGGCCGCAGCGCCCGGAGGGGCGGCAGGAUGUCCCGCCGGGUGAAGGAGGAGUACCAGCGGCACUACACGGUGACCGAGCACCGCAGCCACCCCAAGGGCUACACCGAGUACAAAGUGACUGCCAAGGUGAGGAAGGGGCUGCUGCAGGGAGGGGGGGACCCCGUACCUGGGGAGCCGCCUAGAUGCUCACCUGGAGGGAUUUGAAUCCGCUGCACCUGUUCGCUGGACGUCGAGCCUCUGUGCAUGUGCAGAGUGGAAGCUCAGAGCAGGCUCGGGCAAAGGGGCGGUGGCUUCCAGCUUAGGGUGGGCUUCCUUUCCUUGCAGAGGCUUCUGGUUCUCCCCUCUUGCUUUUACCUGGAAGUAAACCCAGCUGAGCUCAGUGGGGCUUACGUCCGAGUAGACACACAGGAAGGGCCGUAGCGUGGUGAAAAAGCGGCCGCCUUGCAAGCAGAGCAUCCCAGGUUCGAGCUGCAGGGGCAGCUCCAGGUAGGUCUGGGAGAGAGCCCUGCCUGCUGGCCUGAAAUCCCAAAGAGCUGCUGCUGCUGCUGCUGCUGCCGCCGCUGCCAGUCAGCGUCGGCAGUACUGAGUUGGUCUGACCUGGUAUAAGGUAGCACUAUUGCAGGCUACAUGGCUGCAAUCCUGCAUGCAUCCCUGUAAGUUUCAUUGAACUCUUGAGUACAUCCCGGUAGGAUAACAGCUCCCAUCCUCUCUCCUUAACCUGGAAAUAAUAAGGACCGCCUUCUGGCCCAGAGUGGGCCUCAGCUCUGGCAUUUGUACCCACACCCUGCUCUCUGCUCCGCCCUUGGGGGUUCAGCUGUGUCUCAGGAAUGGCAGAGAGCUUUGGAUACUGGAGACCCUUAAAACAGGGGGUAGGGGGAGUCUGUUGGGAGAACCUGAGAAGAGCUUUCUGGAUCAGGCCACGGCGGGCCCAUCUGGCCAGCAUCCUGUUCUCACAGUGGCCAACCAGUUGCCACAGAGACAAACCUGCAAGCAGGAUUCGAGCCUCUUAUUCCUUGACUGCUAAGCUUACUCAGGAGUCUUUGGUGAGGUACCUUAUCAGGUGAGGUACCUUUCGAAAGCCCCAAAUAACUAUGUCAAAUACAGAUGAAUCGAGAUGCUUGUUGUCCCUCUCAAAUAACUCCCAAUAGGUGCGUGAAACAGGUCUUACUCUGGCGAAAGCCAUGCUGGCUCUGCUUCAGCGAGGCUUUUUCUUCCCUAUAUGCCUGGUUGGUUUAUCUUUUAAAAAUAUUUUCUGCCAGUUUUUUGGAGACCAUAGAGAUCGCAGGGCACACUCCACCCCAAGGAAGAUGCCCCAAGGAAACCCCACCUUCCUUGGUGCAGGAGGAAAAGAACGUGCCCCCUCCAACACACACACACACACACACACACCCCUUGCUGGCUGGAAAUUCCUUGCUCAUGCUCAAAAUCUCACUUUUUGUCCCCUUUCCAGUUUGUCUCAAAGGUGAACCCAGAAGAUGUCAAGGAGGUAGGUCCUUGCUGGGUGACCCAGGUGGGGUGGGAGUGUGGGCCUUGCCAGCCGCUUCAGAAAUGUUAUCCAUUUUGUUUCUACCCUGUCAUGCCUCCAAGGAGCUCAAGACAGUUUCAUAAAGCAGGUGGUACCCGGGGACAAUGGGAUUACCUAGGGUGCUGCUAAGAGGCUGGAGUGCUGGUGGUGCACAUACCGGUAUCUCCCAGACUUGGGUCAUGUUCCUCGGUUCUGUUGAGUUAAUUAAACGAAAGUGAUGUUUAACUGGAUUUCGAACAAAUGUGAAUUAACAGUUGCCAUUUGGGAUUUUGUCCUCAGUGGGUCAUGCAAAGUGCUAUUCUGAGCAGUGCUUUCUGAUGGAUACGGUAGCGAGCACUGGGGAGGAGUUUGUGGGACCCAUAAGGUUUGGGAACUAAUGGUGUGAAGAAGAAGAGUUUGGAUUUGAUAUCCUGCUUUAUCACUACCUGAAGGAGUCUCAAAGCAGAGCGGCUAACAUUCUCCUUUCCCUUCCUCCCCCACAACAAACACUCUGUGAGGUGAGUGGGGCUGAGAGACUUCAGAGAAGUGUGACUGGCCCAAGGUCACCCAGCAGCUGAAUGUGGAGGAGCGGAGACGCGAACCCAGAUUAUGAGUCUACCGCUCCUAGCCACUACACCACACUGGCUCUCUGUGGGCAGUACUGUGUGGGCAGUAUUUAGCUGCAGUAAGUGGGCCAUUGGUCUGACUCUGAGGCAGCUUUGUAGAUCUUCCACAGGAGAAAGGGCACUCCAAGCAUGGUCCUCAUGCCUCUUCCUACAGAUCGUGGUCUGGAAACGGUACAGUGACUUCAAGAAGCUGCACGGGGACCUGGCGUACACGCAUCGCAACCUCUUCCGUCGACUGGAGGAUUUCCCCCCCUUCCCCAAGGCUCACGUCUUUGGUGAGGGUCUCCGGCUGGGUGGGAGAUGGGCAGCUGCUGGGUCGAGCCAAAAGGGGGGGCCACAUCUGAUCUGACAUCCCGUCCCCAUAGGGGCAGCCAGACACCCCUUCUGGGAAGCCGCUGAGCAGGAACUGAGCAAAACAUGGAAUUGGAAACAUGGAAUUGGAAGGGACCCCCCCUCCCCCGUGUCAUCUUGUCCAACCCCCUGCAAUGCAGGAAUCCCAGCUAAAGAAUCUCUGACAAAUGGCUGCCCGACCUCACUUUAAAAACCUCCACUGAAGGAGAACUCACCACCUUCUGAGGGCGUCCGUUCCACUGUCAAAACAGCUCCUACCCUCGGAAAGUUCUUCCUAAUGUUUAAUUUAGCCGGGGUCUCCUUUUUUCUUGCCAUUUUAAUCCAUUGGUUCGGGUCCUCCGCUCUGGAGAAGCAGAAAAAAAAGCUUGCUCCAUCUUCCAUGUGCCAGCCCUUCAGAUAUUUGAAGGUGACUAAAUGGCUGUAACAUGGAAGCUUUCUUCCUGCUGCUCCAGAGGCUAAAAUAAUAAUGAUGAGGAUAAUAAUAAAUUACUUGUACUUUAUGCUUCUGACUGGGUUGCCCCAGUCUAGGACCUGAACUUGUGAUUCCCAGUAAUCUUCUUUUAAAAACCAUUUAAAUUGGGGGGGGGCAAUCACAAUAUCUUGUGGUAGCAAAUUUCACAGCUAAACUAUGUGAAGGUGUGCCUCAUGUUGUCUGCCCCAAAUCUCCCAUCGUUCAGCCCCACCAGAUUCCAUUUUUGAGGGUCUGCAGCUGAAAGCUUUGGGUUCUGGUGAAUUUUUGCUAGGCCGGAAAAACAGAGGCCUCUUGUGCAUUGCUUCAGGGUCGUUGUCGCUAGUACACGAGAGCAGAGCAGUGUGUGUGUGUUCUCUGAUCCCCUCACACACAGGAUUUGAAUCUGUUCCUCUUCUUUGCAGGCCGAUUUGAGCCUGAGGUGAUUGAGGAGCGGCGGAAAGCGGCUGAGGUCAUGCUACGCUUCACUGUGGACAUCCCAGCCUUGAACAACAGCCCUCAGCUGAAGGAGUUCUUUCGGGUAUUUUUGGCUGGGCAGGUUUUAUUUAUUUAUUGCAUCUAUUUAUUUAUAUCCCACCUUUUCCCCCCAAGGUGCUUCAGGUUGGUGGCCAUCUCUGCCUCCUGUGGGAGGGAGUUCCGUAGUUUAACUCUGUGCUGUGUGAAUAAGGAAACACAUAGUUAAUGGGCCCACCAAGACCCCCCCCCACACCCCCACAGCAAUUUCCAAGUGGUCUCCCUGCCCACUGCCACUACCACUCCAAAAACGCUAAAGCCAUCUUUGGAGUUGUGUUCCUGGCUCCCUCCUUGGUUGGACUGGGUCCUUGCCUGAAGUUUUGCCCUGGUCCUCAAAUAAAGGAACCCCCGCCCCCCGCCCAACCGACCAUUGGACCCACUCUCUGCUGCUUCUGUCUUGCAGAGUGGGGAGGGGAGGAGACCUCUGGAGACCCGCGACCUGCCCUCUCUGCCUCCCCCUCUGAUCCCAGUGCCGCCAUCCUCGGAAGGAGUGGAGCCAGCGGAGGAUGCUCUGGGAUCUGUGGAUGAGCAGGUGCUCCUGGACUCCACACAGGGGGGCCUGGAUUUGGAGCAGCAGAACCCUGAUGUUGCUCCGGAGGCAGCGAGCGAGGAGUGUGGUGCCCUGCAGCCCCGAACGGAGGAGGAAGGUACAGCCUUCUAGAGCUUCGGGCAUAAGACAAGACAAGUUGUGGAUCUGGUUUGCGUUUUGUUUUCCUCAUGGAGAGAAAGGCACUCUGCACAUGCUCAGGCGCGGUAUUUAAUUUUUUUCCUUACUUGAACAGAGACCAUGAUAAGGGUAUUUUUGGAGAGAAGAGAUGGGUAGGACAACUAGGAGACAUUUCUUCUUCUUUUCCUGUUCCUUCUCCCUCUCCUCACCCGUAGAGGGAGCAGUGGGAGCCCUUGCAAUGAUGGGGUGCUGGUGGAUUUAAAACAGCUGAACCUAUUACUAGCCUGAGGGCCACAACCUUCCAGGGGCCACAUUUCACCGAUGGCAAAAGUGGGUCUGGCUGGAGAUUUGAAUAAGAUUUUUAACGUAAGGAAGGCAGGGGACGUGUGGCCCUGGUGGUCCUCCUUGACCUCUCAGUGGCUUUUGACACCACUGGUUUGGAUUUGAUAUCCCGCUUUAUCACUACCUGAAGGAGUCUCAAAGCAGCUAACAUUCUCCUUUCCCUUCCUCCUCCACAACAAACACUCUGUGAGGUGAGUGGGGCUGAGAGACUUCAAAGAAGUGUGACUAGCCCAAGGUCACCCAGCAGCUGCAUGUGGAGGAGCAGAGACGUGAACCCGAUUCCCCAGAUUACAAAUCUACCGCUCUUAACCACUACACCACACUGGCUCACACUGGUGUCCUUCUGGAGUGACCUGGGCAGGUGGGAGAUGGAGGGUGCUGCCUUGCAUAGAGGUUCUGUCCCUACCUACAGGGCCACUGCCAGAAAGUAGGAGAUGGUGACCCAGCUCCAUGGCCUGUCUCCCACACUAUUUAACACCUGUAUGAAACCCUUGGGAGCUGUCACCUGGGGAUUGGGAGCAGGUAUGCUGGUGGCAAACACCUGUAUCUCUCCAUACCAUCAGAAGGAGGAGAGGCUGGGCAGGUGUCUGCUGGCAGUGAUGGGGACCAAUAAACCAAGGCUGAAACCUUUAAGGAUAGAAACGUCGUGGCUUGGCUGUUCCGGUGUCCAGGAAUUAGGAGUAUUUCCUGGGAGGGGUUGUACUCCCCCUGAAGGGCCAGGUUGGUCACCCGGGGGAUACUCCUAGAUUCCAAAUUGUCCCUGGACUCCCAAGUGGCUUUUGCAACCAGGAGCGCCUAUACCUGUCAAGGCUUCGGAAAAGCUAUUCCUCCCCCUGUUGCAGCAAGAGCAGAAGGAACAAGGUAGGGUCCUUUUUAAUGAUUUUAUUCAAUCAUAAUACAGUGGUACCUCGGGUUACAUACGCUUCAGGUUACAGACUCCGCUAAUCCAGAAAUAGUACCUCGGGUUAAGAAAUUUGCUUCAGGAUGAGAACAGAAAUUGUGCUCCGGCGGCGUGGCAGCAGCAGGAGGCCCCAUUAACUAAAGUGGUGCUUCAGGUUAAGAACAGUUUCAGAUUUAGAACGGACCUCCGGAACGAAUUAAGUACUUAACCCGAGGUACCACUGUAAAAACGUAAAGGGACCCCUGAUCAUUAGGUCCAGUCGUGACCGACUCUGGAGUAGCGGCGCUCAUCUUGCUUUAUUAGCCAAGGGAGCCGGCGUACAGCUUCCGGGUCAUGUGGCCAGCAUGACUAAGCCACUUCUGGCGAACCAGAGCAGCGCACGGAAACGCCGUUUACCUUCCUGACGGAGCAGUACCUACUUAUCUACUUGCACUUUGAUGCGCUUUCGAACUGCUAGGUUGGGAGGAGCAGGGACCGAGCAACGGGAGCUCACCCUGUUGCGGGGAUUCGAACCGCCGACCUUCUGAUCGGCAAGUCCUAGGCCACCCGCAUCCCAUGGUACCACUGUAGUGAGAGACAAAAGAACGCAGCAAGCCUUAACAAUGGUGUUGCUCCAAACUGGGCUCCUCCUCCCUCCUCCCUAGCAACAGCAUCUCCCUUUACGGUGUCCACUUGUGGUCAAACGUCUUUGAUUCCUUUGUUCCUGCACUCUUAACGAACCCUGACGAGUUCUGGGAGAAGGGAAAUCGGAAAUACCCUCCGAUGACAACGCGUCACCUGGCUGCCCUGCCACAAUUCCCACCCCCCUUCUUCUAGCCCUUCCCAACUCUUCUGUUCAUCUGAGCUGUGACUUUCCUCAAACCCCUGCUAUAAAUCAAUGCUACAGCCGCCUUCUCCUGCAGUGUCAUAAAGGGGGUGGGGGGCAAUGAUCCAUCUCGCCCUCUUGAGCCCAUUCCCUGACGAUACCCAGCUGAGCCAGAUUUGUGGCCAGUCCUAGAUCAGGACAUCCUGGCCCCAGCUGUCCACACUCUAGUGACCUCCUGCCUGGACUGCUGUAAUGCAGCCGAUAUGGGAAUUAUCUCAGCAGUUUCCAGAUUGGAUGUGGGCCGCUGCAGGCUAUACCUUUUAUGGUGUUCACCUGCCAAAGGAAGCCUCUGCUAAGGCUUAGCUUGUAAGGACUCAUGAAGGUGAGUCGUUACAAUGACGCGGGGGCGGGGGGCUUUUGCCUCUUGGAACUGGAUAGGAGGGGAAACAAUCUGACCUCUGACUGGCACACUUUCUCUGUGCACCUGUGGAAGAUCCUAAAGGCCCUGUGCACGUCCAGAGUGCGCCAUUCCUUCCGCCAGUCUGGCCAGGACCACCUCUGUAGCCCAUUUGAGUCCGAGUGCUGAUUGGGCCAUUGCAAAGCCUUGUCACUCUAGGCCAGGGGUCUGCAACCUUUAAGACAAAAAGAGCCACUUGGACCCGUUUCCGAAGAAAAAAAAACCUGGGAGCUGCAAAACCAUUGCGACAUUUAAAGCAUGCGCGCCGCUGCCCUCCGAUCUGACAGCGGGCGGGAAGGUGAUGUCGGGACGGUGCGUGACUAACGCACGCACCGCCCCCAUGCGACGUCACAGCCAGUACAGUGCCCGCCACAGUGGGGAGUGUCGGGGCGCACAAUGCGCCUCCUCCCCUCGCUAGUAUCCGCCCCGGAGCCACGGCAAAGGUGUAAAAGAGCCACAUGCGGCUCCAGAGCCGCGGGUUGCAGACCCCUGCUCUAGGCCAUGGGUAGGCAAACUAAGGCCCGGGGCCUGGAUCCGGCCCAAUCACCUUCUAAAUCAGGAAUCAGUGUGUUUUUACAUGAGUAGAAUGUGUCCUUUUAUUUAAAAUGCAUCUCUGGGUUAUUUGUGGAGCAUAGGAAUUGGUUCUUUUUAAAUAUAUAUAUAUAAUCCAGCCCCCCACAAGGUCUGAGGGACAGGGGACCGGCCCCCUGCUGAAAACGUUUGCUGACCCCUGCUCUAGGCGUUUUCUGGGUUGGGGCUUAUCGAUGUCUUGCACUGAUCAGUGUCCCCUCCACAGGGAGGCCCUCCUCGCCCGAGAAGUGUGACGACGAGGCCUUGGAUGCUCUCUUUGCCUUUGGCGGCGACGAAGAGGAGGAGGAAGGCGAGAAGGGUCUGGGGUCGCCCUCCCGCGGCCCCUUGUCGCUCCAGGAGUUAGCCCUGUUUGAUCCCUUCUCAAAGGAAGGUAGGUGGGCUCAAACGCCAAGUGGCGGGGAGGGGGGGGCCCUGGACCAUGUAGGAUAUAGGUAGCCAAGUUGCAGGGUCCCUCCCCACUUCUGAACACUGACCGGUUCCAGGAAGAUGAACAGCAAGCUGCAUUGCAUUGUUGGGAUUUUACUUUUAGUUUUUCUGUACUGUUGCCACGAUGUUUGGCAGUGGAAAGUAUUCUGGAUGGAGCAAGCAUAUGGCUUGCAGGGUACUCCUGGUUACAUCUUAGGGGCCAAAUCCUCCUCCUUGGUUUGCUAGCUAUGGCCGUUCCUGGUCAGGGAUAGCCUGACCACUGUAGUCUGUGAAGCUGGACUACUGCAAUGUGCUUUGUGUGGGGCUGCCCUUGGGCCUAGUUCAAACGCUUCAGCUGGUGCAGAAUGCAGCAACUAGACUGCUGAUGGGAGCAUCUGACCAAGAACAUGUGACAGCCUUGUUAAAACAGCUGAGCCAGGUUCAAGGCCCUUUUAUUAAUUUACAAAACAACUUUGGUCCAGGGUAUUUCACUUUGACCACUAAGGUCAUCUGCAGGAAUGUCGCUGGUCAUUCCCAGAGCUGCCAAGGCUCAUUUGACAACAAGAAGAACCUGAAGCCUUCAGUGUUGUUGGCCUGGUCCUGUGGAACUCUCUGCCCCUACAGAUUCAGCAGGCGCCUUUUGUGCCAACUUUUAAAUGCCUGCUGGAGACUUUUCUAUUCCGCCAUAUCUGUGUAGGCAAUUAAAAGUGCAUCGUUCUGCAAUGGUUCAUUGAGGUCUGUUUUUAACUUUUUAAUAGUUUCAUUGUACGGUUUUGUUUUUAUUGCCAUAAGCUGUUGUAAUUUUUUCUUUGUUUAAAAAACUGCAGUGGUGUGCAAAUAUUUUUGUAAGUUAAUAGAUAAAUAACAUUUUUCUUUGUUCUGUCCAGACCCCGGUGCAGCCAGCCUCUCCCACGAGGAAGAGCUGGCCGCUCUCGCUGCCUCAGGACAUGGACCAGCGCUUUCUGUCCCCAGCGCAGGAGCGGGCCAGGUAGCCCAGGAAGGAGCUGCUGCAUCGGACCCAGGCAGUUACCUGCCGUUGGCCACAGAGCGCAUCAGGCAGGCCUUGGAGAGUGAAGCUGCCAAGGACUACAAGGCGGCUUUCUGUGGCUACCGCAGCGGUGUUGACCUCUUGCUGCAGGGACUGCAAGGUAACGGGCGAUGCCUGGUCCCCAAACUAUGUUCCAGCUCCCCUCCUCUGGGCACCUCCCCAUGUGGAGGGCCUGGGAAUUGGUCUCCGAGAGUCAGAGCCACAAGUCCAUGUGGCUUCUAGGAAGUUAGCCCGUUUCAACUCGCUGAGGCUUGCUUCCAAGUAAACGUGGCUGUAAACUUUGCCUUUUCAAGGUCUCUGAGGGGAUCCUGCCCCCCCUCACUUUAAUCUCUUUUAUUUAUUUAUUUCAAAAGAUUUAUAUACUGGUUGAUUGCAAGAAGAAACCUCAAAAUUGGGGGUGGGGGGGGGGGAGAGAAUGGUUUCAUAAUUUUUGACCUGCCAAUUUAUCGUGAAUCACGUGUGGGCACGCGAUGCAAAUAUCACAAUGCGGUAAAGACACCCAAUGCCUCUACAUAGCUCCAACCUUAUUUCAGACAUCGUGAUAUAUUGGUAUAUUGCGAUGCUUAGCCAGUGAUAUAUCGCGAUGAUGAAAACCAGAUGUCGCCCAGCCCUAGCCAUCACUGCCUGCUAAAGGCAUGAGUUCCAGAGGUUUAACCACGUACUUAAUUUCACCUGUCCUCUUACUCGUCUUUGUUGGGCUUUGGGCCUUCUGCAUGCAAGGCAGAUUGCUCUAACUGCUAAGCCACCGCCCUCCCACCCUUUUGUUGCCAGGAGGGUUGUAGCCAUCAGCCAAGACCUGCUCCUCCCUUCUUUCAGGGGACCCUGACGCAGCUCGCAGGGAGGCCGUGAAGAAGAAGACAGCAGAGUACCUCCAGAGGGCCGAGGAAAUCUUCCAGCUGCACCUGAAGCAUCUACAGCUGUGAGUGGGGCUUCCAAACCCCGCACUCCACCCGCAGUGGCCGUGCGUCAGCUUGGGAGCAGAAUGGCCAUUUGCUUCCUCGCUGACCCACAGCCUCACUCUGGCAUAAGCUGCCCGGAACAGAUCCAGCCCCUUGACUUCACCCGAACCCUGCCUCACUUUCGUUGGGAACUCAGGCCGCACUGUAAAAACAAUACAUGUUUGUAAAUCUCCUUUCCA